GCUCUCUUUGCUUAGGCUUGAUGAGCGUAGCCUGGCGCCGAGGCUGCCGAGCUGUCGCUUCUGGGUCAGGCCGGUUUAUGUGCUGUGAGCGGCCCGGGCUGUGGGUUGGCGGCUCCAUCUUUGCUGGCGCCGGAGUCAUUGCGGAGCAGCAGCAGCAGCAGCAGCAGCCGAGGCAGCGUUAGGCAUUCGCGGCGGCGGCUGAACUUCGCUCCCCAUCACCCGCACAUCGUGGAGCGUAGGCGCCGCGGGCAGUCGCCAUGAGCGCCGAGGAUGAGAUCAUUCGCAUCGCGAAGAAGAUGGACAAGAUGGUGCAGAAAAAGAACGCGGCUGGGGCUCUUGACUUACUCAAAGAACUUAAGAAUAUGCCCAUGACUCUGGAGUUAUUACAGUCUACAAGAAUUGGAAUGUCAGUGAAUGCAAUACGCAAGCAAAGCACAGAUGAAGAAGUUACAUCCUUAGCAAAAUCUCUCAUUAAGUCAUGGAAGAAGUUAUUAGAUGGACCAGCAAAUGAUAAGGAUUCUGAAGAAAAGAAAAAAGAAGCAGCUUCUUCAUCACAAAACAGUCCUGAAGCAAGAGAAGAAAGUAGUUGCAGCAGCAACUCAAGCAGUAAGAAAGAAGAAGCUAAUGCUUCGUCAGAAUCAUUUAUUUCCUCCUUUCCUCGAGCUCCAAGCACAUCAGAUUCUGUACGGAUGAAAUGCCGAGAAAUGUUAGCGGCGGCUCUCAAAACAGGAGAUGAUUAUAUUGCUAUUGGUGCUGAUGAGGAAGAGCUGGGUUCUCAGAUUGAAGAAGCUAUAUUUCAAGAACUAAAAAAUACAGACAUGAAAUACAAAAAUAGGGUACGCAGCAGGAUAGCAAAUCUUAAGGACACUAAGAAUCCUAAUCUAAGGAAAAACGUUUUAUGUGGGAAUAUACCUCCUGACAGGUUUGCUAAAAUGACAGCAGAGGAGAUGGCAAGUGAUGAACUGAAAGAGAUGAGAAAAAAUCUUACCAAAGAAGCCAUAAGAGAGCAUCAAAUGGCUAAAACAGGAGGAACUCCGACUGAUCUCUUUACAUGUGGCAAAUGUAAAAAGAAGAAUUGUACUUACACCCAGGUUCAAACUCGAAGUGCUGAUGAACCUAUGACAACAUUUGUUUUAUGUAAUGAAUGUGGAAACAGAUGGAAGUUCUGCUAGAAGAAGAAAUUCUUGAAAUCUGGACCAGUAUGAAAGAGGAUUUUAUAAUUAGCUUUAAGAACUAGGUCAAGCAUCUAGAUUCCUGCAAAAGUUUUUGGCUUUCCUUUUCCUUUCAUGCAGACAUCUCUGAAGUUAAAUUUUGGAUUUUGACACAGCCACCCUGUAGUUAAUAGCCUGUAGAGCCAGGAAGCUCAACUGUAUGGUGUAAUUUCGAUCCCCUCCCCCAUUUUUAUAAGCAAGUCUACAUUAAACUUUUAUCAAUGACAUUUGGGUAACUGCUUUUUUCUUAACUUCGUGAACAAAGAGUUGUGUAUCUCUGCAUUUGGCAUAUCCACCUGAAUUUUUUUUCUUGUAGAAUAAAAUUCAUAUUUAAUAGUACAUUCCUUUUUAACCAUUUUGGUGUGUUAGAUCAAAUAGUUUUGCUUUGUACUCUCAUAAUAAACUAUGAUUUGUGUGGGUGACUAGACUGCAUAAACCAUUUUUUCAGUGGCCCUCAAUUCUUCAUUUAAAAAUCUGAUUAUUUGUAACAAACACAUACCUCCUAUUAGAUAAUCAAACUUUUUAUGUUUUUGAAACUUGCAUUUUUCUAUCCAGUUUAAUGUGCAGUCUUGAUGCAUGUGCUUUAUUAUAUUGUAUUUAGUUCUAGAGAAAUUCCUUAAUGGUUGAUUUGAAUUUACUGUUUAGUUUCAUUUUUAUAUUCUAUAAAUGAACAAAGAUGCUCUGUAGUAUGCUGCCUACCUGAAGAUGUAAAGCAGAUCUUUACAAAUUUAUAGUGGUAUUAGUUCUUGUGAACUCUUAAUGACCAGCUCUUUUUACAUGUAGAGUUGCUGAUUUCUUAGACCUGAGGUCAAAAAUAAAAUUAUGGUUUUUCACCA